UCACUCUUUAGCACCUCCCCCGCUGACAUUGGAGUCGUCGUCGACGAGGAAGACAGUAGAGUGAUUUGUGUUUUUCAGUUGUUCUCACUCUUAACACACUUAGCGAGCCAUGGACGAUUUUGAUAUGCUCAGUGCCCCUCAAGGAAGCGCAGGAAACGGUGUGGGGGCAGACGAGGAUCCGGCGGCAGCAUUUCUGGCCCAGCAAGAGAGUGAGAUCGCGGGCAUCGAGAAUGACGAGGGCUUCAGCAUCCUGGACAGCGGAGAUGUGCCUUCAUCCCUGAGCCAAGACCAGGACGGAGCAGUGAAUGGAGAUCUGCAUGGGGAGAGCAAUGGUCCUUCAGACGUGUAUGCGGCCAUCUCCAGUGUCGAUCGGUUGCAGGCCGAGCCGGAGAGCUUGAGAAAGUGGAGAGAGGAGCAGCGCGACCGGCUGGAGGAGCUUGACGCUAACUCGCGUACGCAGGAGGUCGAGUGGAAGGAGAAAGCAAAGCUGGAGCUGGAGGAGUGGCACCUCAGGCAGAACGAGCAGCUGGAGAAGACCAAAGUGAACAACAGGGUGCUGGAUGAGGAUUUCUACAAACAACCCUUCGCUGAUCUGAUUGGUUAUGUCACUCACAUUAACCAUCCUUGCUACCGCCUAGACCAGGCGGCUGAGGAAGCCAUGGUGUCGGAGCUUGAUGAGAACAGCCCUGGCACAGAAUGGGAGCGCGUGGCGCGCCUUUGUGAUUUCAAUCCCAAGUCCAGCAAGCAGGCCAAGGACGUCUCCCGCAUGCGCUCAGUCCUCAUCUCCCUGAAACAGGCCCCUCUCGUCCGCUAAGCUCCGCCCCUGGAGACCUCCAAACCACACGUCCCAGCAGCCAUUGGGUUUCACGACAUUGAUUCCUUUGUGGUCCCAUCCUAAUGGCUUGGAGCUCAAUUUCCAUAUAUAAAUAAUCUAUAUUAUAUUAUUACAUAAUAUGAUAUAGGUAUAUCUAUAUAUUCCAUCUAUAAAUAUAUACAUUAUAUAUAACAAUGUUCAGAUUGUUUUUAUUUUUGGUGUCUAUUUAAAGGACCAAACGUCAUGUUCAUUUUUCCAUGUAGACAGAGUGUGUGGCAUUGUGACACUAUCUAUGCAUUUCCUUCCUAAGAUGUUUCGGGAAUACAGUACUAAUUGUCUUGUGUAUGUUGUAUACAGAUGGUGGAUAUAGCCUGUGUGCGUAACUAUGUACAUAAAGACCGGUCCUCUACACUUCAUUGUGAGAUUACGGCAAAAGUUGUUGAUGAACAGAGCUGUACCCCAGUAAAUGUCACCUCAUGUUGUCCAUUCUGUUUCAGUAUGAUUAAACACAUUUCAAAUGGUAA